AGUUUGAGUCGAAGGCGACUAUCGAGUGAGACGAGCUGCCAGCCCUGGCUGAUCGUGUAGUGCCUAGUGAAACGAGAUGACGGGCUCGCGGCUGAGACCCGCGGUCUUCGUGGGCCUCUUCCUGGCCCUUCUAGCCGUCGCCUUAGAGGGAGUGCAAAGCGAAGAAGAGCUAGAGGUGCCACCGGAGGAUCUAUGUCGGCCGUACAUUGAGAAGGCGUUGAAGGAUCUCGGUACAGGAUCUCUGGAGCAGACCAGUGCCGAGGCCAGGACCGACGCCGACAAAGAGAGCGACGAGGAUGAUGGGGGGCAACCACCCGCGAGCGAAGAGGACGGCGAGCCAACAGCCGAUGUUUCGAAAGAAGAUUUGGCAACCGAGGAAGACAAACAGGAGUCUGUAGAGGCCGAGACUGCGGGAAGCGCUGAACAAGCUGAAGACGACGCUGGCAAAUCUGGGGAAGCUGAUCAAAGCGCCGAAGGCGCUGGAGACAAGAGCGGUGAAGCGGGUGAAGCCGAAGAAGGUGAAACGGAACAGGAUGAGAAAUCCGGCGAAGCAGACGGAGGAACCGAAGAGGACAAGGACGAAUCUCCCGAGAAAGUAGACGAUGGCGUCGACUCAGGCCAGGAUCAAACCGAAGAAGAAAAGGACGAGAAAUCUGGCGAUGAAACGGAAGGGGACGAUCAAAAGUCUGACGAAGCGCAGGUAGACGAAGAAAAGUCCAACGAGGAAGCGCAGGCGGACGACGGAAAGUCCGACGAGGAAGCUCAAGCCGAGGAUGGGAAAUCCAACGAAGAAGCUCAAGCCGACGAUGGGAAAUCCGACGAAGAUUCACCAGCCGAGGGCGAAUCGGUCGAAGAAGCGAAAACCGACGAAGAGAAAUCCGACGAAGUCAACACUGAAGAGGUGAAAUCCGAGGAGGAACAGGCCGAGGACGAGGAUUCGAAGGCGGAAGGAGCGUCCAAAGAGGUGGAGGAAGCUGCAGAGGUAUCUACGGAAGCUGCGGAGGAUGACAGCAAGGCGGAGGAAGAGGCUCCAUCGCAAGAGCAGGAAGCCAGUAGGGAAGAAGAAAAGGAGGACAGUAAAGAAGGUCAAGGUGAAAGCGCCGAGGGUCAAGUAGACGAAGAAGAGACGAAAGAAAAUGAAGAGGGUAAGGAAGAGGACGCAGAAAAAUCUGCAGAGGAUGAAACGAAAUCUGCAGAAGAGACGACUGGAGAAGAAACUAAAUCUGAAGAAGAGAAGGAAGAUAAGUCCGCUGAGGAGGAAGACAAAUCUGCGGGUGAGGAAGGAAAGGAAUCGGUAGAAGAGGCCAAAUCUGAGGAAGAAGGAGCCGAGGAAACGAAAUCUCGAGUUAGACGAGGUAUUGACGAAGAGGGAGAAGAUGCAGCUGAGGGUUCUGAAGAGGCAGCCGAGAGCGAGGAGGCGGAACCUACCCCCGAGGAAGACCUGAUUCAGGAGAUCGAGGUGCCGGAGAACCUACGACCAAGGGAUCACAUUAAUCAACUGUUGAAACUGGACGAGGAGAACGAAGAGACGGAACGUGCCAUUUCGAAGGUUGGCGAAGUUAUACUGAAAGAACUGAAGAAGGUUUACGACAACGCUAUACAGCCUUUGGAGUCUCUGUACAAAUACAGGGACUUGAGCAAUAGACACUUUGGUGAUCCAGAAAUAUUCUCCAAGCCACUGGUUCUCUUUAUGGGUCCAUGGAGCGGUGGGAAGUCCUCCAUCAUAAACUACUUGCUCGACAUCGAGUACAAGCAAACGUCUUUAAGGACAGGAGCCGAGCCGUCCCCGGCCUACUUCAACAUUCUAAUGCACGGGGAGGAAGAGGAGAUCCUCGAUGGCACCCAGUUAGCCGCCGACUGGACCUUCUCUGGACUGCAGAAAUUCGGGCAGGGAAUGCUUGAUCGCCUCAAAGGUUUACGACUUGACAACAGCCUGUUGGAAAAAGUUAACAUUGUCGAGAUACCAGGGAUCCUAGAGAUACGAAAGCAGGUCCAACGUUUGUUCCCGUUCAAUGAUGCGUGCCAGUGGUUCAUCGACCGGGCGGACAUAAUAUUCCUGGUCUACGAUCCGUCGAAGUUGGACGUCGGGCCCGAAACCGAGGCAAUCCUCGACCAGUUGAAGGGAAGGGAGUACCAGACACGCAUCAUUCUUAACAAAGCUGAUCAAGUGAAACCGGAGGAACUGAUGAGAGUGCAAGGCGCUCUGAUCUGGAACAUAUCCCCGUUGAUGUCCAGCGCUGCGUUGUGGUCGAUACCAUACGAGGCCGGCGCACCGACCAGACUGCUGUAUGCCCAGGAACGGGCGUUCCUACGCGAUCUGCGUACUGCCAUUGACAAACGUGUCGAGCACAAGAUAGCGAGCGCCAGAAGAUUCGCUGUGCGAGUGCGCAAUCACGCUAAAAUGGUAGACUGUUAUCUGACCACCUACUACAACCACAAGACGUUCUUCGGGAACAAGAAGGACAUCAGCGACAAAAUCAUCGAGAAUCCCCAAGACUAUCACAUCUACGAGGGGCUAAGCACAUUGAAAAACAUAUCGCGCUACGAUCUCCCUGAUCCAGACGUCUAUCGGGAUUUCUUCCGACUGAACGCACUCUACGAUUUCCCUCUGUUGAGCUCCACGUGCACCUAUUUCCGUGGUUGUCCAAUCAACAGACUCGACGUAGCCAUCGCCUACGACCUACCCGAACUGGUAGGCAAAUACAAGAAGUCGGUGGAACAGAUCACACACGAGCACGAGGCGAGUCCUCCCAGUUGAGUGUAGUUCAACAUUCUAAGCAGAGCUCUUGGUGCCGUACGACCUAUGGCGGUGAGAGCAAAUUGUACAAAAAUAAAACAAUGCGAACGAGCGAAAGGAGACGAACAAUUAGCUGUUAAGUUCCAUACUUGAGACCGUUGCAGAGAAACUUUUCUUCCCUGGAACAGGAAAACUUGUAGGGUUGGAUCGCCCUUAGGGAAGCAAAUCCAACUGGGUCCUUGAAGAUAGGAUCUGGUCGAAGAACUAAAAUAGAGCUCCUGGAACACAUCCUUGCGCGAUCUACUAGACAAUUCAUUUUAAGGAUGAGAAGAGAUUGCAGUAGACAGGGUACGAAAGGUAUGCUUGGUUGAUCUUGUAAGUAAAUAUCACUGUAUACUGGACCAGACGACCGAGUACAUUGCUGAAUUGAAAGAUGAUGGUUGAUUAAGCUGCUACUGGUGGGUGGAAAACGAUAAGAGUGCUACCAUUCCGAUCUAAAAUGAACAGUGAGUUCCCCUUGAAUGUGUUCACACAGCUUCGAUUCAUUUGGUUUUGGAAAACAUAUCACAACAAUAGCGGGUCCUUACUAAUAUGUCGAUGAAAAGAUGAUAAAUAAAGAUGAACUCGAGCUACAGACUGCUUUGAAACUUAGUGCAACAGUUGUGCCAACUAUUAUACCAACACUGUGACACUUCGGCCGUCGGGAAACCAUCAGACGGAGAACGAAUGUUUUUACAUAUUAUCGAUAUGUAAAGUAAAGCACAUAAAAUAUUUCCAUUAAGAAAGAGAUAAAGAUGAUCUCUUUUUGAGGCUUUUGUGAAAUACCUUGUAUAAAGGAAUUGUGUUCUUAUUAAAAGUUAUAAAAUAUUUAUUAAAAAAAAAAAAAAAGAAUGCAGUACUUAUAGUUACUCGAUAACAUGUUCCCACAAUGAUACACAUGAACUACAUUUUCAAUGUAAAUGAAUAUACCGUUUUGUUUUUAGUAAAAAAAAAAAAACGUUUGACUUUCUCACGUCACCUCGUGUAAAUUAAACGCCUCGUGAAAGAUACUUAUCAGUUUGCAUUGUGUUCUUGAUGCUCACGCGUGUGAUUGGCUUUUUGCGAGUAUGCAAAUCGUUGAUAUUAUUACUUCAGUCUCUUAUUAUUGUCAUCCGAUACAGAAAUAUAUUAAGUACGUUUAAUACAUUAAAAUAUUUACAUCAUUAGUGAAUAUAAGUUGUUGUUUUAUGUAAAUGUUACUUUAUGUAUUUAAGUUAAGUAGACUUAAUUUAUGUACUUUUCAAAUAGGAAUGUGUGUUGUGAUUUUCA